AUGAUUCAAGGCUACAUUGAUCAUAAAGAAGUUCAUAUGUCUUCAAUGGAUAUUGAUCAAGCCACUUGGGAGCAAUUCAAAGCAUUCCUGGCAAUGGAAGUGGCCAAUAAAGCCGGUAAAACUCACAAAGAUUCAGGUUGCGUUUCUAAGAGUGCACGGAGCCCUACAAUCAGGCGGUCCUUGGACCAUGUCAAAGUGACCAUAGAACAGGACAGAUACACAGGCGGCAACAUGAGCUCAACAAUUGGCCGCACUUUAGAGUCUGUUGAGUCUCUCCCAGACAAAACUCUCCCGUCUUCUCGUUUGCCCACCCCGGAUCCUAAGGAGAACAGGCCUUGGAGCUCCGAAAAUGACCCAGAAAAUAUGGAGACGCCUGAACUCAGCUCUACACAUAGUGGAACUCCACAUGCCUUUGCUCAACAGGAUCAGCGCAAGAAUCGCAGCAAGACCGCCUUGUCGAGCCGCUCCCCAAGUCCUCCACCAGCAAAUUCAACUGCCCACCCAUACGACGCAUGCCCCACCUCGUAUGAGACACGGCCCGGGAAACGCGGUGGCCGUGUCCACACUAUGAUUGAAGGCCAGCAACAAAUUGAACAAACCCCAAUAGAGCGUCUUGUCACUAGGAAGGCCAAGUACCGAUAUGUGCUUGAAAAUGGCCACCUAUUUGGCGACAAACAUGGGUGUUAUUUCAACCCAUACAGCAAGGCCCGCGUGAACGAACAGAACUGCAAGCGUAUCGAGAAGCCGCAGGGAUUCCAGGUUGGGCGCGGGGGACCAGGCUCAAAGCCUUGGUUUGAGUUAAUUGGACUACGUGAUGAUUAUGACAUGGCGCUGGAUGUUCAAGGAUCGGCCCGCAAGGCCCUUGUGUUAUACUGCCCUCAAACUCUUGACCUCAAGCCGGGUCAGAAAUUGACAUACAAGAAUUACGGUUCCCAGAAGCGAACCCAGAUCAACAAUUAUAUGUAUAAGCAUCAUAAGUUCCUAUAUCACUUUCGCGACGAGUCCGGUGAUGAUAGCUGGGCUAUUGAUGCUAUAUGCGCUGGCUAUCUUGCAUCAAACAGCGCAUACACCAGAUCCGGCAAAAAUGCUAAAGCUGCGCUGUUCCUGAAGCGCAAUGCCUCUGAUCCCAACAGCAAGGGUUCAGAUGAGGAUUCAGAUAUAGGGGGUGAAGACCGGGGCAGAGACAAGGAUGAAAGUGGCGAGGAGGAUGACUACAACCUCAAUGCCCGUCGCUACAACAACACUCAAACAGCCUCAAAACCCCAACCAGCAUCCCGCUCCUUGAAACGACCCCACCCCAGCUAUGGUACCACCCGACCUACGAAAAAAGCAAGGCACUUAACGCGUGAUGAAGGCGAUGAUGAAGACGACGAUGAAGACGACAAGGAUCGGCCGUCUAGCCAACCCCCAACCCUGCCUCCUAAGCCAACCGCCGCCAAUAUUCGCAAGGCCAACAAGGUUGUUGAAAGGGAGCAAGCCCGCGACAAGGCUCUUGGCGCUUCUCGGGACCGGGCAGGGGCCAAGGCCACAGCUGAUCCCUUGGGUCCCGGGAAGGGAAAGGGAAAGGAGUGCGAGGGCCGUCCUCUCAUUCCAAGGCCCAAACCUAUUCGCCGCAAGGAAGCCAAUAUGGAGGACGACGACGAGGACAACGAGGAUAACGAGCCCGUCCGACGAAUCUCCAAGUCGAUUCGCCGUGUGAAUUCCACGCUCAGCUCGUCUGACGCCGAUCCCAAGCCUGUGCGACAGUCGGCCCGACAAGUUCCCAAAUCAAUUCGCCGGGUCGACUCCACCCCCAGCUCAUCUGACGCCGAUCCCGAGCCUGUGGCGGAGCCCGAGAAGGGUACCAGUUCCCGUACAAAGGAUGUAAAGGCCGCAGAGAAGGACAUGGUAAAGAGUCGAAAAAAUGUACUUCCGCCCAUUGAAGAGGAUGACGAGCGCCCCAAAACAAUUCGACGCCCGAAACCAAAGAAAACCCUGCAGGAACCCAAGGAAGUUAGCAACGAUGAGGGCGAGGGAGAAAGAGAAGAGCCCCAAUCAAGGAAGAAAAGGCGCUUGGCUCCCGAACAACUGGAGGACGAAGCGGAAGAGCUUGAGCCCCUCCCCCCUUCCCUGAUCCCUCAAAUCACUAAGGAACUUGCAGAAAGCCGGAAGCAGAAGACUGCCAAGCCUUUAGCCAAUGGACCCAAGGCCAGUUCGUCGAAUAAGGUGACCACACAAUCAACCGGUGAGACCGCUCAGGAACUUAUCAAUACGGGGAAGGCUCGUGCCGUUGGAACACUAAAGAUCAAGCUUCCAGUACCACCUUCGGACCGCAGCCUCCGCAAGCGCACCUAG